UGCUAAAUCACGCGAGUUACCUGCGAAUUAACGCUUCAUCGUGAUCAGGAUAAUUUUCUCUAGACUCGGAGUGUAUUUUGAUGGGGGUUGGUUCGGGUGUAAGGGCGUAUCGAUUGAAAUUCGCGGCGCUUCCUUUCCGCCCCUUCGUCCUGGGAUACACGUAGCGUUCAGGGUCCAUUUUCCCUAGCUAGGGUCGUUACACCGCGGGGUUAGAGGCGCACUUUUGCAGCUCACAACUCACCCUCUACAACUCGAGGACGAACGCAAAGUGUCAUUUAAUGCUUAACAAAACCUGCCGCAAGAGAGAGACGUGCAAAAAUGGGCGAAGACCAGGACCAACAGUUCUGCCUCCGGUGGAACAACCACCCCACAAACCUUGCUGACGUGCUGAGCAGCCUUCUGCAGAGAGAGGCUCUGACGGACGUCACCCUGGCCUGCUCGGGCCACACCUUUAGGGCGCACCAGAUCAUGUUGUCUGCUUGCAGUCCUUACUUCGAGGCGCUUUUUCUUCAAAACACACACCCCCACCCAAUCAUUUUCCUCAAGGAUGUCAACUUUGUGGAAAUGAAAGCCCUGCUCCAGUUCAUGUACAAGGGUGAGGUCAACGUUAGUCAAAACGUUCUGCCUCGCUUUCUGAAAACAGCGGAAGCGCUUAAAAUUCGAGGAUUGACUGAUGGCUUGGGUGGCAACGGCCGCAAGGAGGCGUCCACAACCAGUGCCAAUGAAAAGUCGUCUGACCAAAGAGGGGCCUCAUCACCGCCUCCCGAGAAGAGGAAAAGACGGCACUCAGGGAAUGCUGUAGUGAGAUCAAGUCCCAUCCCAAACAACGACCACCAGAGUGACUCACAGUGCAGCAGUUACAAGAGCAAUUCCAGUCAGGCGGCCUCCCUUUUAGCUGGGGGCGAGUUGUCAGUUGUGCCUCCGUCGCAGUUGGAGGCGGAUUUGGAGCAGGAGGUCUUGGACGUCAAUCCAGAUGAGUUGUCAAUCAAAGAGGAAGACAACGACAAUGACGAAUACCACGACGUAGAGGCAGUGAUGGCGGAUGGCAGUCAGGACGAGACAUUAGAUAAUUCAAACUUCAACAUCUCAGACUUGAGAGACACUGGGCAACCCUCAGGCGCAAGCAGUGACCCUCUUGAUGGACUCGAUGGGUGCGCCGUUCGCCACCGCGACUACGACUCGGUGUUCAUUAAGCUGGCGACGGGCGCUCGCGAGUGCCGCCUGUGCCACAAGGUGGUCAUGAACUACGCCAACCACUACCUGGUGCACUUUCGCGAGAAGUUCUCCUGUCCCUACUGCCCUAGCUCCUUUUCCCGACCCUCGUACAUGAAGCAGCACAUUAAGGUCAACCAUCAACAGGAGCCCAAACCCCCCGUGCCCGCCUCGACGUAGCCGCCACCCUUAUUUUUUUUUCACUUUUAAACAAGAGGUCCCAACAAAGAGGUUGUUUUUGCUAAUCAAAAUCUCACAGUAAAAAAAAUCUGGAAUCUUACAAAUCAACCUUCUUACUUUCUCUUUGGUGAGAUCUCUUGUUUGCCCAUACUCGCCCGCCGAGACAGUUCCUAAUUUGCUGAGUGACGCGCGCGACCCCCAAGCGCAGCUCUCUAAUGAAUAAUUUUUUGUUUGACCAGGACUUAUGUAGAGAAAUAACCAUGUUGAUCCGCUGCGUUGGCCUGCUUUCAUCCAUUGUUCGGGGCAAAUAUUUGAUUAAUUUUUUACUACUGCUAUACAUUUACAUCACAGGAAACCACUGGAAACGGGCCAGUUAUUUGCCAUUUACUUGCCAUUAUUUAAUUUUAUACUCAAAUCAACCGUUACCAUUCAGCUUGAUGAAAAUGCAGUUAUUUUUUCUUUGUUAUAUUUUUUUUCUCUCCCUAGUAGUCUCGAGUAGCAAUUGUUGAAUUCAGGCCAAUACGUUGAGUAGCAAAUAUUGUAGAUUACAUUUUACUAGUUCAUAUAUGAAUUGCAUAGAAAGUUGAGCUCCCAAAGAAGUAGAGUCAAAUGAUUGAUGCUCACCAACGUGUAUCUUUUGUGCAUUUUUAUUCGAGAAAAUCAUAAAAGUAAUUUGUAUGAAUGAUUAUUUAGCUGAGAAAAAUAUGCGCUAAAUCUAUUCGAGUUGGAUAUUUCAAAAUAUAUAUUAAUUAACUAGUUAUUCGUCUGGGACAAUGAAUGAUUUUAUAAAAAUAGCAAAAGUAUUAUGAUGACAAUUUAAUGAACAAAAUGUACAGUACGAUCUAGAUUUAAUAAAAGAUCCGCCGGGUCUUCCGAGAGAUGCAUCUAAACAAGUAUUUGAGUGAUUUUUUUACAUCUUCUGACGAACCUCACGUUUGGAGUGAUCUGUUUUGUUUUGUCCAGUUUUCAGUUUUUUAUUUUUUUAUUUUGAUUUUAUAGUGCAUGUCUGCAUUGUCCUUUGCUUCAGUCAGUGUUGUUUGUCGUUUUGUCCAGUGUGGCAUGUAGCGUUUGAUUGAUGCUCACGAUGCCCCCAUUAAUCAAGCGGCACCAGCAAUGCCAAGUGAGAAUUUAAUUAUUAAAAAAAACCACCAACCAACCAACACCCUGUGCAGCAUGAAAGGUGAC